AUGACCUCUCUCCACUACAGAAGCGCCUCUGCUACUGACCGGAGAAGUACACAGUUUUCGAACGGCACCACGCGCGUGAACUCGAGCAGAGCCACCAGAGACGAGCGACCAUUCGCCCGCGACGCCGGCUCUCCAGUCCUGCCCGAUGGCGUUGCGGAUUCGGUGAAUGGCGCACAUGGAGCCUCCAACGCCGAGAAGCGAGUCAGUGGUCUCGAACCCAGACGAAGGGAGAAGUCGACCAUCACGACAACCGAGGCAAUAUACACAAGGAGAAGUCCAAAGAAGGAGCCCUCGAAUAAUACUGCCGCCCGACAUGGCGCGAGGCGGAGCGUGGUCAGUCCUGUGCUUAAGCAGCCAGAGGAAGAUGCCAGCACGCCUUCCCCGCCAUGGGCGCCUUCAGUAUCGCUCAUCCCCCAUUCUUCCGCACCUCUUGCUGUAAGAGUGACGGUGCCGCCGUUGUCGCGCCAUGCUCCUGCAGACCUUGACCCUCUGCCGCUUGAUCACUUGUCCAUGCAGGAACAAGAACAUGCACUUCUGGAUGAUCUACUGUACGUGUUUAUGGGCUUCGAAGGGCAGUACGUGCGGUUCCAGGACAGCUACGACCCUGCGGAAGAAAAACACCGCCUCAAUGGGCCUUCAUUCCACCCGCUUCCCGGCCUUGAUCCGAGCUUGCGAGAUCUUACUACGUCGAUGCUUUCCAUGGCCACACAUCAUUGCGCGAUCGAAGCCUUUAUCGAGGUGCAGAGUCGCGAAGAAUUUGGUUCGGUCAAUCACGCCCUCUGUGCAGCAAUCCGGAAGCUACUCAAGGACUACUUGAUCUUAAUUGCUCAGCUGGAGAUGAAGGUACUGACAGAUCCGAAGUUCACAUUGCAUCAGAUGCAUAUCGCCGUCAUCCCCACCGCGCAGUGUCUGGCUCAGUUGUAUUCGUUGGCCCAAGAACUCUUGAAGAAGAACUCCCUCCUCGAAGAAGACAUUGACGAUUCCAUCGACGACUUCGACGCGGACAACAUCAUCGAGAGGCUCAAGGAAGGUGGGGAUCUGCUACCAGGCAGUCUGGCCAAGAAACGAUGCAUUGGCGGUAAUGUUCUGGGGUUGCUGACCACCCGACUGUCCACGUUCUCAGGCGAUCCCGCUGCCAGAUCAAUCCUGGAGAUGCUUCUCCGGGAGUCGAGCAGGCCUUACAUGGUCAUGCUCAACGAGUGGCUUCACCAUGGAGGUAUCAACGAUCCGCACUCGGAAUUUCUCGUUGGUGAACGUGCCAGUAUCAAGCGCGAACGACUUGAUGAGGACUAUACCGAUGAGUACUGGGAGAAGCGAUAUUACAUCAGAGAGAAAGAAGUACCGCCACAACUGGACGCGAUGCGAGAGAAAGUCCUCUUGGCGGGAAAGUACCUGAACGUGGUGCGCGAAUGUGGUGGUGUGAACAUCAGCAGCAAGAUCGUCGACACUCCGGCCACAUUCGACGACCCACGAUUCCUUGACAAUGUCAACAACGCAUACUCAUUCGCCAACAAGGAGCUGCUACAUCUGCUCCUGACGAAGAACUCUCUUCGGAGUCGGUUGAGGUCACUGAAACACUACUUCUUCCUAGACCGGGCCGAGUUCUUUCUUUAUUUCCUCGAACUCAGUGAUUCCGAGCUGCGGAAAAAGCACCGAGACGUCAAUGUUGGCAAGCUGCAGUCGUUGCUGGAUCUCGUGCUUCACCAACCAGGGAGCAUCGCAGUGGCUGACCCAUUCAAAGAGGACGUGAAGGUGGAAAUGAACUCUGUCGGACUGACGCAGUGGUUGAUCAAGGUUGUCAACGUGCAGGGCAUGGACCAGGACAACCCGGAUUCGGUGAUCGACCAGUACAAAACGCCUGCGGCUUCACAGAUCUCCGCAACCGAGAGACUAAAGGAAGAGAAGAAAAAGGAGGAGGAGGGAAAGGACAUCAUCGGAUUCGACGCACUAGAGCUCGACUAUCAAGUGCCCUUCCCCUUAUCCCUGAUCAUCAGUCGCAAGACGGUGAAACGCUACCAGCUCAUCUUCCGGUACACCCUCGCGCUUCGGCACCUCGAGACUCAGCUGGUGGGAUGCUGGUCCACGCACACCAAAGAGAAAGCCUGGAUCCACAAAUCCUCCGACAAGAAAUUCGAGCUCUGGAAGCGGCGCGUAUGGACCCUCCGGUCCAGGAUGCUCGUCUUUGUCCAGCAAAUGCUGUUCUUCGCCACAGCGGAAGUCCUCGAGCCGAACUGGCAGAAGCUGAUGAAAAAGGUGGACGACGCCGAGCGAGACGACUCCGCGGAAGAGAUGAGCAGACCCGCCGGACUCAACCCAAAAGCCAAACCGACAGUCGACGAACUGAUGCAAAACCACGUCGACAUGCUGGAUUCAUGUAUGAAAGACCUAGGCCUCACACAGGCCAAACUCCUCCGGCUACACACGAAGCUCAUGACGGGUUGCGGCAUGUUUGCGUCCUACGUCGAGCACGUCACAAAGUCCAUCUACGAGGCCGACACGAGCAUUCAAUUGAAGGCAGCAGGGCCUAAAGGAGGCGCGACGACGCCUGUCCCCACGCCGACGGAUUCAGCGCGCAUGAAGAGGAUCGAAGAGUCGAUCCGCAAAUACGAGGAGCAUUUCAACAGACAUUUAAAGAUCCUGAUCGAUGCGCUCAAUUGGUUCGCCACGACGGAGACCGUGUCGUUGCUCAGCCUGUGCGGGAGAUUGACGAAUGCGGAGGUGCAGAAGCGGGAUGACUUGUUUCUUUGA